AUGCAGGAUAAAAGCAACGGAAUAAUUGAGGACCCGGAAAGCAAUCCCAAAAUCCAACAUGGCUGCUGUCUCGUCACGUUUUUCCGAUCCCUAUGUUCGAAAAAAAGAAGUUGUGACUUUAACGAUGACAAUAACGAUGAUGAUUGGGGCGGAAUACGUUCAGGAGAACACUUCCACGUGACCUACACCGAGGGUCUGGACUCUGAUGAAGGGCAGGACAACUUGGGUAUGACAGACGACUGUGAAGAAGCUAAUGAUAACCAGGACUCAAAUUGUAAGCCUGACUUAGACGACAAUCAAGAAUGUGGGAACCAGGAGUCAAAUGAGAACCAAGAUACAUGUGGCAAUGAAGACUCCCACAGCCAAAAGCCAAGUGAUUACCAGGUGGUUUUUGGGGAAAACUCAGACGAGAAAGACUCGAGUGUUAAAAACGACUCAAAGGCUCAUCACGACUCAAAUGUGGGCCAUCAAAAGGCCACUGACCACCAGGAUUCAGCUGGUGAUUUAAGUGGACACCAGGCCUUAAGUGACACCAAAAACCACGACUCUAGUGCUCAUCACCACACAUCUACCCAGCAAGAACCCACUCACCACUCUUCGACCCACCAUGAGUCACCAACUCAUCACUCAUCUUCCCAUCAUGAAUCACCCACUCAUCACUCAUCUUCCCAUAAUGACUCAUCGACUCACUAUUCAAGCUCUCAUCAGUCUACAACUCACUUCUCGAGUCACCACGACACUGGAAGUUCCAGCCAUUUUAGCAGUGGUGGUGAUUACGGGGGAACCAGUGGUGGGUUUGAUUCGGGGACUAGUGGGGGUGGGUUUGAUUCGGGAACCAGUGGGGGUGACACCGGAGGAGGGAGCUACGAUUAUUAA